AGUUCCGAGAGGAUUGCUGCCUCCUAUCUGUGAGUCAGCUCCAUUACCCGCUUGUUUGUCUCUCUACAUACACACAGGCAGCAUGGACCUGGCAGCGUCCGGACCCCAAGGCGGGCACACAGGAGGACUGGCAAACCAGCUCGGGGCAUCUAAAGGGCGCGGCACGGAUUGAUACCCGUGCCCUCUCGGUCUCUGAAAUCUUCCUCGAUCUCCCUCUCUGUCUCUGUCAAAAUGGGAAUCGACAGAAGACACAGGGCGUCCCUGGCUCUCACUCUCAACUUUAUAGCGUUGGUUUUCUGUGUCACCGCCUUCAGUACCAGCUACUGGUGCGAGGGCACCAGGAAAGUGGCGAAACCUUUCUGUAAAACUAACGUGAAGGAAAAACAGAGCAACUGCAUCGAGUACACCAGCUCGGACAGUAACGACAGCAACGUGGUCCGGUAUAGCUGGGAGGCGGGCGAUGAUAAGUAUGUGAUUUGCUAUUUUCAUGCUGGCAUCUGGUUCUCCUGCGAAGAAAACAUAAGCGGAGAAGGAGAAAAAUGCAGAAGUUUUAUUCAUCUGACGCCUCCUGCUGAACGAGGUGUCCUCUGGCUGUCUAUUGUAGCAGAGAUUCUUUACAUCCUUUUGCUGGUUGUGGGCCUCAGCCUCAUGUGUGUAGAGAUCUGUCACUACACAAAUGUGAUCGAUGGCUUGAAACUAAACGCCUUUGCUGCCAUCUUCACUGUCCUAUCAGGUCUUUUGGGAAUGGUAGCCCACAUGAUGUACACGACUGUGUUUCAAAUGACCGUCAACCUUGGCCCCGAAGAUUGGCGACCACAGACGUGGGAUUAUGGGUGGUCAUACUGUCUCGCUUGGGGAUCCUUUACAUGCUGUAUGGCUGCUUCAGUGACAACAAUAAACACGUACACAAAGACCAUCCUUGAAUUCAAGCACAAAAGGAAGAACUUGGAAAGAAGUUUAAAAACGAAACCCAAACUGAUUGAGCAUGAAGUACCAGCAGAUCGAGUCUGGGACAGAUACAUCAGCUCAGUGCCCAGUUCAACAGAGGAGUUCCUCGAUCUCUCCAGCAAUGGCCGCAAGAUGUCCAGUGGCUCAGUCUUUGCAGACCUCAAUGACAUCCUGGAUGCGCAGGGUGAGGAGUACUGCUGAGACUCCUGGGACAUUGUACCAGAUCGGUUCUAGGUAUCAGCUGAGUGUUCCAGACUGUUCUCUCUUACUCUUUCCUUUUCUGCGCAGGUUUAUGAUGUCACACAUCAGGCAUUAUCAUGACAGAAUGCAGUGAGUAUUUCUGUUGCACUCUGCUUCUCUAACCAACUGUUGUAUUGCACUGCGGUUGGCAAAGAGCUCCAGCAAUGGAAGGAGAUGGGCUCACCUAAUCGCUGGUUAUUGCAGAUCCUGCUGAGUUCAUUGUUGCUGCACGGUGUAAGAGAGAACCCCCAUUGUCUCAAAGCUGUAUUUCACAAGCCACCAACAAAUAUCAAGCAGUGUUGCCCUAAGGCUCCUAUUCAUUAGACUGUUCUUUGGUGGCCGCCGCUGUGUGCAUUCAUCUCCAUUCAGGCAGUGGGAACAUUUACCUGUGGGAAAGUGGAUAGACUACGUGAAUACACACACACACACACACACACACACACAAAGCAACAGAGUGUUAGGCAUUCGUCUCCCAUCACUGCAAGCUGGAUUCUAAUUCAUCUCAGGCUGUGCAAUCAAUGCCUCCUUUGUUUGCUAUGUGUAAGGGUCAUGUAUAAAUUGGGGUUGGUCACAACUAAAGCACAAAUUAGGGCUAAUCUAGCAUGAGGAACAGAACCUCCAAACUGUCCAUAGUCAACGGUCGGAAAAUCUAGCCCUCAGUUUCAGUCAAUUCAGAGAGUCACAGGAUGGGACCAGGUCCUGAAGGUACAGCUUUUCUGAGCUGGUGAUUGACAUGUUUUCUGUACUGAAACAGAGUGAAGAACUUUACUCUGCUACAAACAAGCUGAGCAUGGGCUACCUGAGUUGGAAAUAGUGUUUCAUGCCUCAGCGUAAACAUUGUCCUAAAACUAAAACAAGUUCUCCAAGUACAAUGGUUUCAGUAAAAUUCCGGUGACAAAAAUGUGAGCAGGUCACAAAAUUUAUUCAACAAUUCAAAAUUGUUACACACAUCCAGUGAUAGUAGGAACUGCAGAUGCUGGAGAAUCUGAGGUAACAAGGUGUAGAGCUGGAUGAA